GUUUUUCUAAAGAAAUUGGAUUCAUAAUACCAAUUUUUAUUUUUAUCAUUAAUCUUGUCAUUCUUGUUUAUCAAUAGGAAUAAACCACGUGGAAUGUUGGGAAAAAUUCAUUGUCUGACGAAGACGAGGAUUAUGCUGUGUUUGUUCUGUGUUGGCGCAUAUACCCUACUAAGUAGCUUUGUAUACUUAAACGAUCUAAACUGUUUACCGAAAUUAAACAAAGACAAUUUGGAUACAUUUAAACGCGAAAGUUACCAAACUAGUAAAUGUUCAGUACCACAAAUGGAUUUAUGGCCAAAUCAAAAAUACAUCAAACAGGAAAAUGAGGUAAAUUUUCCACAAUGUAAGCGAACCAACCUAUUCAAACCGUUUUUAGCGAUAAAUAAAACGGUUUCUAUCCAUGAAUUGAUGACAUUUCACAGGGGCAAGUUAGUGAUAUCAAAUGAUUUGAAAAUAGGCUUAAAUCUUAGUUCAAUUCAAUGUUCACUGUUUCCAAUAAAACGGUUGAAUGAUUAUCAGUCGAUUUAUUUGAAUGCUGUUGAACAAAUUUAUGAUGGUUAUCAAUCUGAAUGGCCAAUGUUUAUGGUAAUGUGUCAACCAAAGGAAAAUGUGUUCCUUUUGGAACCAGACACUAGUUGGAGUAAUUCUAGAUUUGAUCAGAGUGAACGUUUAUUUGUAUGUGGUUCAUAUCCUCCGCAGAUUAUAGACCAAACUGAACCUAAAUGGUCAUCAUCUCUAUACAGACGAAAUGAAUUCAUGUUUAAUGUACUACUUUUAGGGAUUGAUUCAAUUUCUCGUCUGUCAGCAUUUCGUUAUUUUCCAAAAACAGUUAAGUUUCUUCAACAAAUAAACGAAAGUGCUACUAUAAUGAAUAUUUACAACGUGAUUGGUGAUGGAACCACAGUCAAUUUACUUGGACUUUUAACUGGACAAUUGGAAUCAGAAUUACCAGAGUCAAGAAAAUCACAUAUUGGUUUCAAUAAGGGCGGUAAAAAAUCAAAUGGGAAUGAUAAUCACACAGUUCUCGACAGUUAUCCGUGGAUAUGGAAAGAAUAUUCUGAAUAUGGAGGUUAUGCUACACACUAUAUUGAAGAUACACCGAAAUGGGGUACAUUUCAGCAUAGACUGUGUGGUUUUGGAUUGCUUAAUAGUCCAACAACAAGCUAUGGACGUCCAUGCUUACUAGCAGCCAGUCAAGAGGAGAGUUAUUCAGAAAAAGUUCUUGGAUGUACAAUGUCAAGGCACACACACCAACUGCUUCUUGAAUCACUUACUGAGUUCUUUACAACUUACUCUGAUAGACCACGUUUCAGUUUAACAUUUCUGAGUGAAUUAAUACAUGAAAAUCCAGCUUAUGGAAAGUUGUUAGAUGAAGAUUUAGUAAAGCUUAUAAAAAGAAUCUAUCACGAAGACCAGUUGGUUAAUAGUGAGGAUCAGCGAUAUUUCAUUCCUUCAAAACACCCAUUUGCAAAUACACUAGUUGUACUGUUCUCAGAUCACGGACCACGAAUGGGAGAUGCACGACUAUCAGUUCAGGGCAAGUUGGAAGAAAGAUUACCAUUUAUGUCAAUUAUUGCACCAAAAAGGUUAAGACAGAAAUUAUCGACAAAAUGGUCCCAUAUACAAUCAAAUCAAAAUAGGUUGAUCACUCUGUUUGAUGUACAUGCAACAUUACGUGAUUUACUAGUCAGUCAAUUGAAAUGGGUUAAUACUGAUUAUUCUUUUAAGGAAAUACACAGAAUUCAGUUAAAUUGGAAAAAAAAUCCUUCUCGUGGUAUAUCACUGUUUAAUCCGAUACCUAUACAUCGCAAUUGUGAUGAUGCUUAUAUAAGUUCACAUUGGUGUGUUUGUUUAAAUUGGAUUCCAGUGACAAAGGAUUUUAGUUAUUCAAUGUUUUCUUCUAGCUUUCUAUCAAGCAAUCCUGUAAUUAAAAGUACUAAUGCAGUUAUUCAUAAAAUUAAUGAAGUUAUUAUCAGAUAUAAAUCACAUCCUACAACAAAUAGUCGGUGUUCAUUGCUUAGUCUUCAUCAGAUUAAAUCAGUAGAACAAGCAAUACUUCCAAGAGAUGUGAUACGAUUUAUUCGUAGUCAAGAUGAAGAUGGACGCAUUCCAUUGUUCCAACGUCAACAAAGUUCACAGUGGUCACUACUACAGUGGUUCAAACAACUAAAUAUAUUUGCUAUUAAUGACAAUAUUAAUCGAAAUGAUUUUAUCUAUGACAGGAUACUAUUACGCAUACAUUUGGUGGUGAAACCUGAGUUUGCAAAUUUUGAAGCAACUGUAAAAGUUAAUGUAGCUGGAAAGAAUUCAUUCGAAUCUUUCGACGUAAUGGACAUCAGUCGGAUGGAUGUUUAUGAAAAAUACAAUUGGUGUUUAUCAGAUAAUGAAUGGGCAGAGUUAAAACAAUAUUGUAUCUGUGAAAACUAUACUUGAACAGAGACAUUAACAAAGGUAUCAUUGUGAAAUGAAGUCAGUGUAUUCAAGAAAAGAAAUCUGAAGUAAAUCAUCGGCUAAAGUUGAGUAUACAGAUUAGAAACGAGGUUUAUACCUGAUAUUGUUACAUGAACAAGGAUGGAAGUUAUUCCAAACAACUCAUUGCAAAAAAACCAACUUGUAAAUAAGAAUCAUGUAUUUAUAUGCUUCAGUUACUAUUUUUUUAAGGCAUAGACUUUCAGAAUAUAUGAGUGCAAAACUUUAAUACUUUAUCAAGUUUCUUACAAGACUACAGACUGAAUAUCUGGGACAGUGACUUCAAGAAUCGAUAAUUAGCUAUGAUACAAUGGUUUCACGAAAAACUCGACGAAGAAGCUUUGGUUGGGAGUGAGGCCGUAAUGGCUGAAUCUGUUAUCCAUUGAAAAAGUAUUUUGUAGGCAAAUACAGGACGAUUAAAUAAUAAGAUUAGAAUGAAUGUAUUGCUAUCAAACCUGGUUUGUAAAUGCGAUGGAAUCUAAAUCUGAUUGAGUAACAAAUAAAAAGACACCAAUGAAAGGCAAUUUUGAAUCAGUUCAGGUUGAAAUCAGGUACUACGAGCAAUAUUGUAUACUACUUAAUGCAAGGAUAGCACUUUAGUAGUGCAAAUACCUACGGCUGGACAGAUUGAACGUUAGUUUGCCGCUUUACUGAGGUGAUAUUUAUUCAUACAGUUGCUAUAGCUUCUUUCAUCAAAUACAUGUGGUAGGAAAGACUCCACACCUGUUCCACAUAUGCGGAAAAUCCUACUUCCCAUGUCACAAAGGAGUGGAAGGAAUCAGAAUAUUUUAAGCCAUGUCUCACAUUAAAAAAUUCGCCUUUCAUAUGACUAUGAACAAUAAAUUUUAUCCGAAAAGGAAUAAAGUGAACGACACUGUUUAUUUGCUUGACUCAUCUAAUAAGUAAAGCAGGCGGAAUUGCAAUCUACCAUAGUGUUUAAGCCUUACUUCUAUAACGCAACAGUUUCUGGUUGAGAUACCAAUAACUGCAGAUAAAAUAGGUUACCGUUGUUGUGACCAAUACAGACUUUUUAAAGAUCUGCAAAAGUGACCGGAAAUCCUAACAGGAAGUUCUAGUUCAUACUAGCUAACAUUCUACUAUGUUUACUUCGAAACACCAUCCUUAUGCAAAAGUAAAUUCUAAUUGCGGUUACUUCUAAAUCAUCUUGUCUCACUUAGGAAACUGGACCAAAAAUAUAUUGUUUGCCUGCCUCAGACGUCUGUCUGUAGAAUCUUUCGGACAACUAUUAAUCUUGAUCUAGACAACUCAUUAACCACACUUCAAUCUCACAGAAGUUGAGGAACAGUAAUAAUAUUUUAAUCUAUGACUGACUUCAAGUUAAAAGACUAAAAUAUGGUUAAAGCAAUUAUUCUUAUCUGAAAAUCUCGUAAUUCAUUGAACGAAAGCUUCAAACAGCCAUGUCAUUUUUUCGAAAGCAAAGAAUAACUGAAAUGCUGUCCCAACACCCCUACUAUACCAACGAAUGUUCGCUUACAUGAGUUUUGCAUUGAAAAUAAGUUUCUGUAUUUAUCUGUUUCAUAUAAAAAUGGUUAUUUUAACAAC